GGAAGAGAAACUUUACGAAUUCUGCGGGCUUUGAUUAUUUUGGUGGAGCGCACUCGGCGGAGCCAUUUUGAGCGUUUAAGAGACAGGGAUGAUUUGGUAAAGGAGUUACCUCGAAUAAUUCUGCAAGUGAAGAGAAGAUUUGGCGGUCGGAAUGCAUACUUUGUGCAUCCUGAGGAGCCAUUUCGAGCUUCCAAGAGACGGUGGUGAUUUGGAUAUUUUGGAGAAGGACUCAGCAGGGAAAAUUUGGAAGCUCCGUUGUUGCUCUGCUCGGGUUACCCGCAAGCCUGUUAUUUUCGGAGGAUGGGUCUUUUUCGUUCCAAACCAAAUGUCUUCAAAGCAACGAUCAGCUUGUUUUCUGUGAGACGAUUACCGGAGCAUCGUCGGCCUAGGCUCCAUUAUGUGGAUGGUAAUUAGCUGGAAAUCAGCGUCUUGUUUCAUGAAACAUAAUGGAAGAGAGUCUUGUGUUUUUUUCUUUUUUUUUUUUGGGGGAGGGUGCAAGGAAGAGAGUCCCGUUUCAUACGGAGUAAACCCUUUCUUUUGGGGGGGGUAAAAUCCUGGUUUCUUAAUUUCAAUAAAUAUGUGAGAUAUUU